CUCACCCCCAGAUGCAUAUUGAAUUUAGAACUCUUCCAGGGUAGGGAGUGAUGAUGCUUUUAGGGGAGUUCUCGUUUCCCUUCCCCCUUCUUCUUCUUCUUCUUCCUCCCCAGUUCUAGGUUUUUGGGUGCAGGCAGUAUAAUCGUCCCCAAAUCCACCGCCAUUUCAAGAACCCCUUUACUCUUUCUUUCUUCUUGGGACUGAUAGGUUCAGUUGUUUGAUUCAUUUCUUUGUGUUUUCUUGAACAAUCCCAGCAAUGGAUUCUCAAGAUUCCCAACUCCCUUUGUCCCACCACCACCACCACCACCAGACCCUCCACCACCCGCAGGCGCAGUUCCACCACCACCACCAGAUAGUGCAGCCGCCGCCGCAGCAGCACAACUCCUACGCCCCCGCCAUCCCCAACAACGCCAUGAUGUUUCACCAUCACCAUCAGCAGCAAUCUCAGCAUCAGCCGCAACAGAACCCUAGGUUUCCUUUCAAUUCCAUGGCGGGUCCUGCCUCCGUGGGCCCGGGCACGGCUCCGAAACCCGCCCAGGUGGAUUACUCCGACGCCCCCUCGCCUGGCGCGCCCUGUUUCAGCAGCAUUGAGCCCGCCAGGAAGAAGAGGGGCCGGCCCAGGAAGUAUUCACCUGACGGCAACAUUGCUCUGGGACUGUCUCCUACUACGGUCACUCCAAUUUCAUCCAUGGGCGGGCAGGACUCGGGCGGGCCGGGUAGCAGCGCAGCUGCCCAAACUCUCUCGGCCGAGAACCAGGCCAAGAAAGCCCGUGGGAGGCCGCUUGGCUCAGUAAAGAAACAGAUGGAUGCUCUUGGGUCGGCUGGGAUUGGUUUCACACCCCAUGUAAUAACCGUAGAACCCGGAGAGGAUGUAGCUUUAAAGAUAAUGGAAUUUUCUCAGCAAGGACCGAGAACGGUUUGCAUUCUUUCUGCAAUUGGUGCUAUUUGUAAUGUUACCCUCCGCCAGCCUUCAAAUGGCGGUGGCACUAUGACGUUAGAGGGGCAGUUUGAAAUCAUCUCCUUGUCGGGCUCAUUCUUGUUUUCAGAAAACGACGGUCAUCGCAGCAGACCAAGCGGCCUGAGCGUGUCACUGGCCGGGGCGGACGGCAAAGUUGUGGGCGGCGGGGUCGCUGGAACGAUGAAGGCAGCAUCACAAGUACAGCUCAUCGUGGGCAGUUUCAUCGCCGACGGCAAGAAGCCAAAGUACAAGCCCACCUCAUCGACGCCGCCGCCGCCGCAGCCAUCGAACGCGGCAAACUUCGGUGCCCCCCAAGCGGCCGGAGCCGCAGAGGCCGCCAGCCAGUCCGAGGAGGCGUCGAGCGCUUCGUCCGACGAGAACGGAGGGGGGCCCACGUCAUACGGCAACGCCGGCCACCAGCAGCAGCAGCAGCACCCGAUCCCGAGCAUGCCGAUAUACGGGAACAUGGGGUGGCCGAAUUCGUCGUCGUUCAAGAUGCACCAUCACCAUCCUCAUCAUCAUCCUUAAUUGCUCUGCGUAGCUUUUAGAUUGAUUUGAUUUGAUUUGAUUCUCUCCUGCAGAUCUGGGAUAGGCUAACAGCGUUUCUGUUCCAUUGAUGUUUGUUUGCGUUUUAGUAGUUUGAGAAUGGUUCAUUAUUCAGUAAUAUUUUUUAUUUGUAUGUGAUUGCCCAGCAUUGAAUUCUUCUUUGUAAAAACUUGUUCUUAGGU